CGACUCGCUCUCGUCACUCUGUGUGAAAGCUCAACGGACACGCCCCACCCACCGCCACCACCAAGACCAAUUUCAUCCCCCGGAAAGCAAUAAGACGCGAAGGACUCGCUCCGCGUGUUUUUGCAGUGUUUACAGUAGUUAACUAACAAAAAGAAAAAAAAAAAAACAAAAACAAAAUGAGCAAGUUCGCCUGGGUUACCCUGACCACAAAUGAUACCUACUCGCUGGGCGCCUUGGUCCUGGCCCAUUCGCUGAAGCGUGCCGGCACCGCCCAUCAGCUGGCUGUGCUGGUGACGCCCACCGUUUCGGAGGCGAUGCGGGACAGACUGAAGGACGUGUACAAUGUUGUACAAGAGGUGAAUGUGCUGGACUCACAGGAUGCCGCCAACCUGGCGCUGCUCGCCCGCCCCGAGCUGGGCGUCACCUUCACAAAGCUCCACUGCUGGCGCCUGGUGCAGUUCGAGAAGUGCGUCUUCCUCGAUGCGGACACGCUGGUGCUGAAAAACUGCGAUGAGCUGUUCGAGCGCGAGGAACUGUCCGCUGCUCCGGAUGUCAGCUGGCCGGAUUGCUUCAACUCGGGCGUGUUUGUCUUCAAGCCCAGCGUGGAGACCUUCAAUCAGAUCACAGAGUUCGCCGUUAAGAACGGCAGCUUCGAUGGCGGCGAUCAGGGCCUGUUGAAUCAGUUCUUUGCCGAUUGGGCGACCGCAGAUAUCAAGAAGCAUUUGCCCUUUGUCUAUAAUGUGACAGCCUAUGCUUCCUACUGCUACUUGCCUGCGUUCAAACAGUUCAGAGAUAAGAUAAAGAUUUUGCAUUUUGCUGGCAAACUGAAGCCCUGGUUGAUACAGUUCAACUCUGAGACAAAAACCGCUGCCACGCCCCACGAUUACUCCCAUGCGAAAGACCUUAUCCAGCACUGGUGGACCAUCUUCUGUGAUAAUGUGCAUCACUUCCUUGACGACACUAUGUGCCUUUGCCUAAACAUAACGCAUCCGUCGAGCUAUGCUGAAUAUCAUAACGAUAUGGACAGCUACUAUCACCAGCAUCAGCAUCAGCAACAGCAACAACAACCACAACAGCAAUAUGUGCCGCAUGUCCGUGAAUUUCGUGAUCCUUGGGCAGAUUAUUAUGAGCAAGUGGAGCGAGAACUGAAUGAGCCCGAACCAGAAGCCGAGCCCGAGCUCUGGCAUAAUGAAAAUACGAAUGAGAGUUCAUGUGAAACGCAAGUGCAUGGCGAGAGGAGAAGGAGUUGGGGUCAGAGCGAUGCAUGCCGAAAUGAUAGACCCAGAUCCACAUCACCAACACCUCAAGCACGAUCACCACCACCACCACAACAACAACAACAACCACCACCACCAGCACCACCCACUGCCAACGAAGAUUAUAGAGCAAUUGAUGUAAAUAGCAAUGAGCAAGCACCCACCCACGAACCACACACGAACCACUCCGUGCAUUGUCCAACUGUACAGCACACGACACAAACCACCUCAAACCACACACAAAUCGAAGAAGUUCCCGUUGCUGAUGAGGCUGGUCUCGCUGGCGCCUUGGCACAGCUGCGCAUCGGCGUCGAACGCACACCCGAACAGGAGCAGUACGAGAAUCUGAUGCGUCGCCAGUGUUGGGAAUCGGGACAGAUUGACUAUUCGGGCGCCGAUGCGUUCGACAAUAUCUGGAAGAAGAUCACGCAGACUCUGGAGGCCAAGCCCGACAAGGAGGCGGAAGCGGAGGCUGACCAAACUGAUAACGAUAACGUUAACGAUAACGAUAACACGAUAGGCUAUAACAAAUUGCUAACUAAAACCGCUAGCAGACUGCUGCAGCAAACGCACAACGCAACGCCAGCCAGGCCCAGCUCUGACCGCAGCCCCAGCCCCAGCCCCAGCCCCAGCUCAAGCUCGAGCUUAGCAACUAACCAGGGGUCAAGUGUGGCAGAGGCCAAGGCCAGCCCCGCAGCCGCCACAACUAACAAACUUCCAACUAACGCACAGAAACCAGUCUCCAGCAACACAGCUGUGGAGCAGCAACCGACAACGACAACGACAACAGGAAAGCCGCAACGUGUCCAGCCUGCGGCUCAAGCGACGCAACCGCAGCACAUCCUUCAGCAGAGCCCGGCGCCCACCAAGCCGAGCCGACAGAAGGCGUCGCGUAAGUUCAAAUAACAAUUACUGCAGCUGCUGUUGCACUACAGCUGCCUGCCGCAACUGGCGACCAGGACAGCGAAGACGCCGGCGCUGCUCCGACUGACCCUGCAACUGGAUAGCGACAACGAAUCCGAAUUCGUGCCGGAGCCGGUGCACGUCUAAGCCCAAGUACAAGUACAGUAAAACCUACAAAAUGCUGUAAAAAGUUUGCUUAAAAGAAAUUAUUAAACAAUUUACCAAAUGCGCCUUAGA